AUGCAUGGACAGAGCUUGGAGACUGGACUCUCCCCGGCUGCACAGAACUAUAGCACCUUCCUCCGCCUCCACAUGCGCGAGGAUGAAACUUUUCUGUCACCGAGGGAUGAGAGACUAGAUGCGGAGAUUCGUCGCAUUGCUGUUGAGACUGGGCGAGAGGACCGGCUGCCUGAGAUCUACUUGGAGGUCGUACGGCCCGACAGGUCCCGGCUCUACGGCACUGGAAGUGCCGGUAGGAACCAGGUUAGUAGGGGGUCUACUCAAAGCACAGACACUUCCAUGAUGUCUCAGAAGCUGUAUGAGACACGAAUCUCCACGCUGGAAGAGCGCCUUCAGGCCGAACAAGCAGCACGUGAGGCCGAACAAGAGGCUUCUCGAGCAGCAUGUGAGGCCCUCGAGCAGCGUAUGGCUCAAUUUGAGGAGUUCCUGAGGCGGUCGGGUCAGCUACCUUGAGCAGCACUUCAUGUUUUGGAACUAUUAAUUUCAUGUUUUUGACUAUUUAAUUCAUGUUU